AUGUUAGGACAACACUUAAGGAUUCGACAUCUGGUACAAGUUUCUCCAAUACAACAGCGGAUACAAACACGUGCUGCGUGUGCUGCAUUUAACGGAUCGCAAAUCGAGAUAGCAAAUACUUCGGAAUGGGAUCAGGCUCGCCCCUACAAUCACAUUCCCAAACUAGGCACGGCUCAGUUUCUCUUUCAUAUGCUGCCUGGCGGAAGAUACCACAAAAUGGAAUUUCCUGAGAUCAUGUUGGACUUGCAUCGGCGUCACGGCUCUCUUUAUAGACUACCAGGUAUCAUGGGCAAAGCAGAGUUCCUGGUUUCGAAUGAUCCAGCUCAUUUCGAGCGAGUUUAUCGAGUUGAAGGCCCCUGGCCAGAGAGACAGGGCAAAUCAAUAUUGGACUAUCAUCGGAGCCAUAUACGUAAGGACUUUUACCAGGGCAUUGAGGGCAUUUUGUCCACAGACGGAGAAAUGUGGUCGAAGUUUCGCUCUACUGUUAAUCCCGUCAUGAUGCAGCCUAAAAUUGUACGACUUUAUUAUCAAAAGAUGUCAAACGUAAAUAAGGAAUUCAUUCAACGAAUUCGAGAAAUACGGGAUAGCAACACCUUUGAAGUACCUAAUAAUUUUGAGGAGGAGAUCAACCGCUGGACUCUAGAAUCUGUAUCGGUGAUAGCUUUAGAUAAGCAGUUGGGACUGAUAAAUAAGAAUCGCAAUAAUCCCGAGGCAAAGAAACUUUUCGACAAUAUCAAUCAGUUUUUUGUUUUGGCUGCCAAAAUUGAACUUAAACCAAGUUUUUGGCGUUAUCUACCCUCACCACUUUUUAACAAGGCUCUGAAAGCCUUGGACACUAUCCAGGACGUGUCCGUUGGCUAUGUUAACGAAGCACUUGAGCGUUUGGAGCGUGAACCAACAAAGAAACCAGAGCACGAGCAGAGUGUGCUGGAAAAACUAUUGAAAAUCGACAAAAAGGUCGCCAUCGUCAUGGCAAUGGAUAUGCUGGUGGCUGGCGUGGAUACGACAACGUCCACUUUGACAGGCUGUCUUUUGUGCUUAGCAAAAAAUCCAGAAAAGCAGGCGAAGCUCCGGGAAGAAAUACUUCGCAUUUUGCCCCACAAAGACUCUGAAUUCACAGAAUCAUCUUUGAAUAAUAUGCCCUACUUGCGCGCUUGCAUCAAGGAAUCGCUACGUAUUUAUCCACUGCUUUCGGGAAAUAGUCGAGUGACCAAGUCGGACAUUGUGCUAAACGGUUAUCAGAUCCCGAAAGAAACGGCAGUUAUAAUGCACUACUAUGUCCUCCAUAUGGAUGACCAGCACUUUCCCAGAAGCAAGGAAUUCUUGCCCGAGCGUUGGUUACGCCAGACCAACGAAGAAGCAAGAGAUUCCAAGUGUCCAAGCAACUCGCUUAAAGCGAGCAAUCCAUUUGUCUAUUUGCCCUUUGGUUUUGGUCCCCGCAUGUGCAUCGGUAAACGAAUUGUGGAAAUGGAACUUGAAUUGGGCAUUGCCCGACUUAUUCGGAACUUUUACAUAGAGUUCAAUCACUCAACGACGAAAGCCUUUAAGAGUCAAUUUAUAAAUGUACCAAACAUACCUCUUAAAUUCAAAUUUACAGACGUGCAAAACUAAAUGAAAAAUAUAUUUUAGAUUUUCACAUUUUUUAAAAUUAUC